AUGUCCACUCCCUCACAAUCAACAGAUGUUGAUCCCACCAGUACCACCACCACCACCAACACCACAACAAAUACAUACGAAUACAUAUCCUCAUAUAAUUUCGCCUCCGACCUAGAAUUCCGUAAAGGCCUAGGGACAAUCAUGGGCCAUCGCGGCACUCCAGCAUCGGAUUCCGAGCUCCUCAACGAUGGGGACGAUGUCGUUCUACAAGCGAAAUGCUUCUAUAUUUCCAGAAAAAGGAAUAUCAGCCCAUCUAUAGAUUUCACGGCCUAUAAAAACUGGCUGUUGGAAAAUGGGUUAACUCCGGAACAUAACGCCAGCAGCAGCAACAAUGAUCAGAAUGCAGCGGUGGCAUCGUCGUCAUCAUCAACGGUAGCAGUGCAGGAUGAAAACUCUACAAAGGCAAUAGAACCGGCCUAUCCAACCUCAUUCGCCCAUAUAGUCGAACUCAUCACCAACAAUCAGCCGAUACCUGGCAUUGAAGAGAUCCCGGAUACUGUCCUAUCCGGUCAUGAUGAACCUAGCAAAGCGGCUCGAAGGAGAAAGCCUUGGGAAAAGGAUGAGGUGGUUGACGAUAGUAAUAGCUAA